AUGGCCUCUGUCAUCCUCUCAGCCAUCUCGUCCAUCCCAGCAACUGCCGCCCUCGCUGCUCCGGGGGCGCUGGCAGGGCUGGCCUAUCUCAAUGCUCGAUGGAGACUCCCCGUUGACGUGCACCUGUUUCGCUGCAUAAUCCAGAGUCAAAUGGCUUUCAACAGACGUGAGAAGGCGGAUCGAAUCAAUUCCUUCUACGUACUAGAGGAUCACGCCCACGAUGCAAGGAUCAAGGAUAAGACGUUUAUUAUUUACCAGGGACAGUCAUGGACCUUCAAAGAGACCUACGACGUGGUUCUUCGAUAUGCCGGAUACCUCCACUCCCAGCACGGGAUCCGACGUGGCGAGAUUGUCGCCUUAAAUUUCGUCAAUUCUCCUCAGUUUUUGUUCUUGACCCUGGCUACUUGGUCCGUGGGCGCGGUGCCGGCUUUCAUCAACUACAAUCUAACCGGCGAUGCCUUCGUUCAUAGUGUUUCGGUCUCGACAGCACGGCUAUUGAUCAUUGAUCCUGAAGUCGCAUCGAAGGUUCUGACUGAACAGACGACAUCCACUCUUAAAGGUGCUGAUUUUCGUGGCGCCGACUCCCCUUCACUGGAAACCGUCGUCUUUACACAGGACUUACAAUCGACCCUCGAAUCCGGAUAUGGUCCAUCGUUCCGUGCCCCCGACAAUGCGCGAGGAGGAAUCACUGCUCGCUCGCCGGGGGUUCUGAUCUUCACCUCCGGCACAACCGGUCUCCCUAAAGCUGCCAUUGUGCCUUGGGAACGCAAAAUUUCCGGAGCAAUGUUGAUACCUCGCUGGAUCGGUCUCGAGCCCGUCACCUCCAAGAGACCGGAUCGCUUUUAUGUCUCCAUGCCGUUGUACCAUGGCACUGCAUUCCUGCUCGGCUUCAAUUGCUGUCUUGAAAACGCCACCACGCUUGUACUGAGCCGUAAGUUCUCCGUCUCUAAGUUCUGGGACGAGCUGGUUGCCGCCGAUGCAACCGUGUUUUCGUACGUGGGCGAAACACUUCGCUACCUGCUCGCUGUUCCCCCGCAACCUGAAGACCGCACACGACAUCGUAUCCGGCUCGCCCUUGGGAAUGGGCUGCGUCCAGAUGUUUGGGAGCGCUUCAAGGAUCGCUUCGGCAUCGAAACGAUCGCAGAGUUCUACGGCGCGACUGAGUCUGUUGCUGCAAGUUUCAACCUGAACCGAAACUCAUUCUCCUCAGGCGCGAUCGGCCAACUCGGUUUACUAGGUGAACUCCACUGUUCCAGAAUACAAGCCAUCGUCGAUAUUGAUUGGGAAAGGGAAGAGCCUCGUAGAGAUGCCAAAACGGGAUUUUGUGUCAACGUGCCGAGGGGUGAGCCCGGCGAGUUACUCUAUGCCGUCGAUGCAAAGGAUAUUGCGUCUAAGUAUGUAGGAUAUUUUGGCAACAAGAAGGCGUCCGACUCAAAGAUCUGGAGGGACGUCUUCAAGAAGGGAGAUGCGUGGUUUCGGUCAGGCGAUGUUGUCAGGUUUGACAAGGAAGGCAGGAUGUGGUUCUCCGACAGGAUCGGCGAUACUUUUCGAUGGAGGAGCGAAAACGUCUCAACCAGCGAAGUCGCAGGGGUACUGGGCCGUCACCCUGCCAUCAUUGAGGCCAACGUUUAUGGCGUCGAGAUCCCGAAUCAUGACGGCCGCGCUGGCUGUGCCGCGGUUCUGCUCCGGGGCGUGACAAGUCCGGAUACACCGGUAUCCGAGGACGUGCUGGCAAGCAUCGCCAGCGUCGCCCGGGCGGGCCUGCCGAAGUAUGCCGUGCCGGUGUUCUUGAGGGUCGUGACCGAGGUCGUGGCAACGGGCAACAAUAAACAGCAGAAACACGUCUUGAGGAAAGAGGGCGUGGAACCGGCCAGAGUCGGCGUCACGGGCGACAGGAUAUUCUACCUGCGGCCUGGAAGCGAUCGGUUUGAGCCUUUUGGUGGCGAAGAAUGGGACCAAGUUCGGAGCGGGACGGUGAAGUUGUGA